AUGGAUGCCGAUGUCGAUGGGAUCGAUAUCGAUGAUGACGAUGACGAAGAUGCUGGCAUAUUCAGCAUCGCCAAUGACCGCCAAAGUGAGGACGAUGACACCCUCACUGGUGAAGACAACGUCCUUUCAGAAGUGCACACGAAGCGCACUGCUGUUGACAAGGAUGAAUCAGCAGAGGAAUUUCUGCUGACUCGCGAAGCGGUUGUCCGCUUCGUUCAAGACUCUAUUGCAGAUGUACUAGACAGACAGAAGAGAAACGCAGACGAACAUGGAAGAGCGAACGUUCUUUCAUUUGAUGAAGGAGACCUAGUUUUACUGUCUACAGUAAACUUACCGAAGCACGCAGUGACAAACGUGGGCAGCAGUAAACUACUGCCCAGGUACAUCAGUCCAUUUCGUGUGUUGCGCCGAAUGGGCAACGCAUACACGAUUGAGCUGCCCCGUAAGAUGUCCACACAUCCUAAGUUUUACGUUGGUCGUCUCCGCCCGUACUAUCAGUACGAGCCCGUUUCGAGAGGCGAAGAACACCUCCGCGGUCGAGAGCCGAGACCACCUUCGAGUGGUCCCGUUUCAAUGAGCCAGUCUGGUCAACUAGCGAAGCGACCUGUUCACGCAGUUCAGCGAUGCCUCGACGAGCUACAGCCAGCUCGUCACGAAGAGAACGAGUCGAAAGUUCGUUCUCAAGUUGCGCGAACGCAAAAGCGGCACGAUCGUCCGAACGAUCGUGCGUUAGGGAAUUAUAAUUAUCCUCACAAGAUCAUCAAGCCCAUAACGCCGGGUCCGUUCGUGAGCCAGGUCAUCUUGCAACUGUUCCGUUAG